UCCUCCUCCUAAUCCCUCUCUCUCGCUCACAUACGCGCGCGCGCACACUCUCGGACACCUGUGAAACAGAGCCGUGGCGCGCGCUCCUCCAGCGCUCCCGAAGAAGACGAAAACAACAACAAUAACAACAACAACAACAGCCAUUUAUCAUUUUUCAUUUCAUCAUUUUCUCGGAACCGGAUCGUGUGAAUCAGCUCGUCGCGAAUUUUCGAACCGAAUCAGUGAGGCGAUAAAGCGGCACACCUGUGAAGCCGGUAGCGCGUGAAUCCCGCCGCACCGCUCGCACGCACGCGCCCUCAUGAGCGCACCGGGAAGCCCGCGCGCAGACUCCAGACUGGAGCAGGUCAUCCAGAAGUUGGAGGAGAGUGUGUUAUCUGAAGAGAAGAGGUUGACAGUGCGAGGCCCCUCCCCUGAUGCCCCGCCCACCUGCAUACCGGCUCGUGUGCGAGAAAUCGUGACCAAGAACCUAAACGAGAGCAUCUCAGCAGCCGGCAGCAUGUCCUCGGUUCUGUCCCUGGAGGAGGAGAACCGCGUCCUUCAGAGUGAACUGAGUCGCCUCGAGGACCUGCUGGCCCACAGCCGCGCCGACCGCGACGAGCUCGCCAUCAAAUACAGCGCCAUCAGUGAGAGGUUGGAGCAGGCCCUGCGUUUGGAGGUGGGGGUCAGUGACAGCGACUCUCCGGAGUGUGUGAGUUUGUCUCAGCAGGUGGUGGAGCUGCGACGGCGUCUGGAUGAAGAACAAAACGCUUACAAGCGCAAACUCACCGCCUACCAGGAGGGGCAGCAGAGACAAGCGCAACUGGUUCAGAAACUACAGGCCAAGGUUCUGCAGUAUAAGAAGAAGUGCAGUGAUCUGGAGCAGUCUCUCCUGGAGAAAUCAUCAGAGCAAAGUGGGUGUGAAAAGUCCACUAACGGUCAGGAUGAGUGCAGCAGUGAGCUGGAGACGGCCCUUAUCCGCCUGGAGGAAGAGCAGCAGAGGAGCAGCAGUCUUUCGGCGGUGAACGCGAUGCUGCGUGAACAGCUGGAACAGGCCGGACUGGCCAAUGAGGCACUGAGUCAGGACAUCCGCAGGCUCACUGCUGAUUGGACCAAAGCGAGGGAGGAGCUGGAGCAGAAAGAGUCUGAUUGGAGGAGAGAGGAGGAGUCGUUCCAUAACUACUUCAGCAGUGAGCACGGUCGGCUGCUGACUCUGUGGAGGCAGGUGGUCAGUUUCCGCAGGAGUGUGUGUGAGAUGAAGAGUGCCACCGAGAGGGAUCUGUCAGUGAUGCGCAGCGAUCUGGCGCAGACGGCGCAGAGCGUGCAGCUGCAGUGUGUGUGCGUGUGUGUGGCGGUGCGGAGUCGCGAGGACGGCUCGGCGCUGGUGCUGGAGCGAGAGGCGGCUCAGCGCGUCACACUGGAGCAGCUGCUCCGAGAGAAAGAGAGCGAGAUCACCGAGAGCCAAUCAGAGAGAGAGAAACUCAACAACAGGCUGGCAGACGCAGACAGAGAGAUGCAGAGAAUCAGAGCUCGAGUAGACGAGAGAGAGAACGAGAUCACGUCACUCACACGGAGACUGCAGGAGCAGAGCGGGGAUGAAGAGUCGGAGCUCCAAACACUCAGAGCUCACACUAACACUCUGCUGGACACACUGAGAGACAUCGCACAGUCGAUGUUGUCAGAUUCCGACUCGGGUGUGUUGGGCUCGUCGGUGGAGGCCGAUUCAGAGAACAGUGUUUUGGCUCUGCUGCCGUUGAUGCGCUCCUCCUCCCCCCAUCCAUCCUCAUCACCACAGCGAUCGUCGUCUCCACGGCGACCCUCCGCCCUGACCCUCCCCGAAUCCGCCCUCUCAUCUCUGCGUGCCAUGGCAACCAAUAGACAGCUACAACUCCAGGAGCUCAAAGGUCGUCUGCUGUCAGCGCAGUCGUCUGUCCAACAGCUGCGCAAACAGCAGGGGGAGGCGGAGUCAUGCAGGAGGGAGGCGGAGCUACGUCUGCAGACUGUGCAGGGCGAGAGGGAUGAUGCUCAGAGAGAGAAAGAGACGGCGGUGAGAGAGAGAGACCGACUCCGACAGGAGAGAGACAAACUCUGCAGUGAGAAGGAGUGUGUACAGCAGUCUGUGCAGGCUUUGCAGACAAAAUUGCAGCUGCUACAGAUGGAUUGUGAGAGACUGCAGCAGGCUGCAGCGUCUGCGCAGAGAGAGAGAGAUCACGAACGAGUGGAGAGAGAGACGGCUGUGCAGGAGAGAGAUCGCGCCAGAGUGGAGACCGAGAGAGUUCAGUCUCAGUGGGGUCAGAGUGAGAGUCGCUGCAGCUGUCUGCGUUCUGAACUGGCUGCAAUGAAGGAGUCACUCCAGCAGGGGGAGAUAGAGAGACAACUGCUCAAAACGGAGAAGAGCCAACUGACUGACACUCUCAGUAAGGCGGAGUCCAGUAAUGCUGAGCUGAUGGUGCUGAUGGCGAAGCUGCGGUCUGAGGAGGCGUCACUGCGAGACUCUCUGGCUAAAAUGAGCAGCUUAAACGAGGGACUUGCUCAGGACAAAGCAGAACUAAACAUCAUCAUCAUCCAGCUGGAGGAGGAGAGGAGUGUGCUGCAGGGUCAGAAGAGAGAGGCGGAGCAGGAGAAGCUGACCAUCAGAGAUGAGCUUGUCCGAUUGGAGCAGGACCGACUAGAACUGGACUCCGCCCGCCUCACUCUCCACCAAUCACUGCAGGAGUCUGAGCAGGCCAGGGCGGGCCUGGAGGCGGAGCUUCAGAUGCUCCGGAUGGACAGACAAAAACUGCAGGAGAAAGUUACACAGCUGUGUGGUGAGGUGAGCUCCUUGGGGGCGGAGCUUGGCAUCAUACGUGGCGAGGGGGAGAGAAGGGGUGUGGCUCUGGAGGAAGCCGGGCGGACUAGGGCGGGGCUUGCUCGUGAGAGGGCGGGGCUUGUGGUUCAACUCACGGCGUCUGAGAGAGAUAACGUCGCACUGACGGAGGAGCUCGCAGCGUUCAGGGUGGAGAGGGAGGCACUGGAGGCGAGUCUGUUCGAGGUGCAGCAGCAGCUGAUGCAGUCAGACUUGCGCCGAGAGCAACUUGAGAACGAAAACCUCAACCUGAGAGCACGACAUGAUAACACUGCAGCGGAACUGAAGCGUGUGCGUGCGGAUGGAGAAAUGGCUGCCGCUCAGAGUGAGCGAGAGAGGCAGGCUCUUAAUCAGGAGAUGAUUAACGCUCAGCAUGAGGCUCAGCUCUCUCUCCGUAAUGCACUGUCUGACCACCAGGAGGAGCUGGAGAGGCUCUCCAGCGACAAGGAGGCUCUACGCUGCAGUCUGCAGGCCGAGCAGGAGGAGGCGCUGCGGCGCAUGAGGGAGGAGAUGGAGGAGCGUCUGCAGAAGACGGAGCGAGAGCGGGAGGAGCUGCAGGAGGAGAUCCGGGCUUUGCAGCGCACACGGGAUCAGAGUCUCCUACAGGCCGAGAGCGACAAGCAGCAGGCUCUCUCCCUGAAGGAGACGGAGAAGGCCAUGCUGUCCGAGAGAGUGUGUUCCCUACAGGCCGAGCUGAGCUCUGCAAACCUGGAGCUGGAAAGACUGACAAGGGAAACACAACACCUGAAGGAGCAGGAGAGGGCUGCAGUAGGAGCUGUGAACACUGAGCUGCAGGAGCUGCGUCUGCAGCUGGAGGACACGGUGAGCUCUAACAGAAGGGAGCUGCGCAGACUUCAGGAGAACUGCACAGAGGAGCAGACACGUGCCGACAACGCACUCCGAGAGCUGGAGGAGUGUCGCGCUCUUCUCUCAGCCAGCGAGGAGAGCCGAGAUGCCACGAGACGAGACCUUCUGGAGAUGGACAGGCGUCUGAGCCACUCACGCGACACGGGGGAGGGGCAUCGGCGAGACACGGCGGAGCUACGGCGCUCCCUUGGCGAUGUCACGAAAGAGAAGGAGGCUCUCGACCAAUCGAACGGCCAGCUGAGGGAGGCGCUGAGAGCAGCGGAGAGCGAACGGAUCAGUGUGAAGCGUCAGUGUGAGGAG